CCAAAAACUGUAUACAUACUGUAUAUCUAUGUUGUAGGUGUAGCUCAUAAAAGUGCUAAAUAAUGUACAUAAAGGACUUUCGAACCCAGUCACCAACUGAAAAAUGCAUCAUGCACCAGAGGAAAGUUGAUCAGUAUCAGGUCUCAAUUGUUGACACACCAGGAUGGUCAUCAUCGUCUUUAGAAUCUGCAGUACAUAUUUUGCAAAGCACGUCACUUUGCCCACCGGGGCCACACGCUUUCAUUCUGGUGCUCUCAGCUAGAGAAUCGUUUACUAAUGAAGAUCAACAAACUCUGGAAGCUCUGAUGAAAAAAUUUGAAGACAAAGUCUGGAGACACACUCUGCUGUUGUUCAGCCAUGGCAGCUGGUUAAAAGACAGAUCUAUUGAGGAGUACAUAGAGUGCGAGGGAAACGGCCUUGAAUGGCUAUUAAACAAAUGUGAGGGAAGAUAUCACGUGCUGGAUAAUUAUGACUGGGGAGACAAAUCUCAGGUCAAAGAUUUGCUAGAGAAAAUAAAUGAGAUGGUGGUUAGAAACAGAGGGCAGCACUUCAUACCAAAGCAGAAGAAGGGACUGAAUAUCCAGGACCUUUUUCAACGGCCCAAAUUGCUGACUGAAGAGGAAUGGCGUCAAAAAGAAGAUGAGCUUAUCCAACGCAUGUUCAAAGCAUUCUGGAGGAAUAUUGAUGCAGAAGUAAGUGGAGAUACGAUGUGGGAAUCAGGAAGUGAUGUCACCAUACGGCCACAUCGCAAAGUCUCAAAAUGGCUGAGAGAAAGUCAACACUGUACAAGAGCAUCUUCCUCAGGAUAUGGCACUGAAAGCACUGAUUUUUUAAUUCCACAUCAGAGACGAGCAGGGAGCAAAGAUGGUGCCUUUAUUCCCAGUUUGAGUGGAGAAACAGCGUCUGAAACAGAAAUGAACCCGCAUUCUGAAUCUGGGAUUGACGCAGGAUCAUCUGGAUAUGACACUGAAAGCAUUUCUAUGGGCAACAAUGACAUACUUGAACUAAGACAUGCAGUGUUAAAUAAACAGAUGGGUUAUGACCAGGAUAAAGAAAAUUAUUCGAAACCCACUGUAAGAACUGCACAAAGGGAUAAAAGAGAGCAAAAUCGUUUAAGAAGAAAUUCCUGUUAAAUAAUGUUUUUACACAGAAGUCUGUGCACUUACACUGGACUCAUAUUAAUGUUUACAAUCAAACAGAUAGCCUAAAUUAGCUGUUUUUUUAUUUUGUUUUCUGUUUAAUAAUUUCCUUAACCUUUGCCCUUGCACUUUGUCCAGAUUGCUUUUCCGACCUUUGCCACAUACUCAGUACUACACUCGGACAGUAGGGCUAGCACACUGACACGUGAAGUCAAAUUGCCCCUUUUUUUUCUGGACACUGGAAACUGGUGGAUUCCUAAAGUGCUUUUUAACAAGCCUGCAGGACCACCCCAGGCUCUCGAUAUUCCUUCACUGCUUGUGCCAUAGCCUGAACUUGACAGUAGGAGUCACUGUCGCCAGGGCAAAAAAGUGACUUCCCAAAAAUCCGAAUGUGUCCCUGUGACGGCCAAACACUUCCUCCAAGAGAUCACCACAAAAUAUAAUAAUUUCAAUGUACAUAAAUUGUAAUUACAGAAUUAUACAUACAAUAAUACACUGCUGUUUAAAAUACAUGUAUCAUUUAUUUAUAUUUUUUUCUUGCAUGCUACAAUAUACAGUAUAUUGCUGACUACAUUUCCUAAACUCCCUUAAACUGCUUAGUUUGUACUUAAAAUAAUGGUGUCUAUGGAUGCUUAAUAGUGCAUCAGGGAGAAUUUUUAAUUAUAACUUAAUUAAGAAAAAUUCUGCUGUUAGACCAGAAAUAUUACCACAAAUAUUUCUAUAAUCCAAUACGGCCGAGCAUGAUAAAACUUUAUACGCUUUCCUCACUAAGGUAAUAAAACUCUCUUAUCUAAGCCUGAAAUAUUCAGCCGUGCAGACAAAGCCGUCUAGUCUCUCUGAUCUCUCGUAAAAAACACUUUCAAAAGAAUCGGAGAACAAUGCACGAGGGAGAAAAUCGAAGCGAGGUAAAAGAAAAAAGAAAAAGAAAAUGUGAAUAAUACUAAGAGCGAGAGGGAGAGAGAGCAUUAAAAAUUGUGACUCUUUUAAAAGCUGACUCACCCUGAUAAGACUCCCAGGACCAGGUUGAGCAUGAAGAAGGAGCCGAUUAUGAUGAGGGGAAUGAAGUACAGCCAGUUCCAAGUGUUGCCCAUGGCAUCGUUGGUCUGCAGGGUAAAAAAGAUGCAGAAACAGUUUAAAACUCUUGAUUUUUUAAUUACAAAUUAUAGCAUCAGCUAAACACUGAGUGGUCAUUUUAUUAUUAUUAUUAUUAUUGUAUUU